CCCAGACACCUCCCUAUUCAUGAUCAAUGCAUGUCUACGCACCCUGUUAUGAUGAUCGACUGUGAUGGGGCGCGAGUACCAGACAGUGUUGCAAACAUCAUGAAGCCCUUGUCCGUGGAAAUCUAUCCCCUUGUGCACUAUCAAACCAUCUUCAAGACCAACGCAGUCAGGUGUACCUGGUUCUCCUGUCGCCGGGAAUUCUUCUCAGGGUUGAUAGGUGCUUUGAAGGUCCACAACCUAGGUCAUCUCAACGCUUGGUUACGCGGGUUGAUCCACCGUGAUACCAGUGACGGCAAUACAUGGUUUUGGGUGCCCAUAGCAGAUCAAGAUCACGCUGUGCCUAAUUGGUGUAUUGAUGAAGGAGUGCCCAAAUUCUGUGGAGACAUAGUAGAAUCUGAGUGGUUUCCCAUGCGUCCUGGAAUGAUCAGGGAC